CCUCUGCUGCCUGCAUCUACCUCCUCUUCUGUCUGGUUGUUUCCGGUGAGGGUGGCUAGGGACCCUCAACUGAGAUGCCGCAGCCCCCCAACCCAGAACAGCACUGCUGGACCUAACACCCCCUGGGUUCCCGACAAGUUAGACACUGGAGCUGCCAGUCUCAAAUUACUAGAGGGGAGGGAGGGCAGGCCAGUCCUGGAUCUCAGGAUCUGGGUCCUGCGUGCAAUGCAAGCCUGAGCUCUCCAGCUGUCACCAUAAGACUGCGGCGGUGUGGGCUCCUUGUGCUCAGAUCCUUUGCAUUCAUAGGGGGAAGUAGAAGACCACACGGCCUGGCUGAGACUUUAUUAUAGAGGAUAAGGAGAAACAUGAACUGGUCCCAUUCCUGCAUCUCCUUUUGCUGGAUUUACUUUGCUGCUUCCAGACUGAGAGCUGUAGAGACGGCAGAUGGAAAAUAUGCUCAGAAGUUGUUUAAUGACCUUUUUGAAGAUUAUUCCAAUGCUCUGCGUCCAGUGGAAGAUACAGAUAAAGUCCUGAAUGUCACGCUGCAGAUUACACUCUCUCAGAUUAAGGAUAUGGAUGAAAGAAACCAAAUUCUGACUGCUUAUUUGUGGAUCCGCCAAAUCUGGCAUGAUGCCUAUCUCACCUGGGACCGAGAUCAGUACGAUGGCCUAGACUCCAUCAGGAUCCCCAGUGACCUCGUGUGGAGGCCGGACAUCGUCUUAUAUAACAAGGCUGACGAUGAAUCUUCAGAGCCUGUGAACACCAAUGUGGUCCUGCGGUAUGAUGGGCUGAUCACCUGGGAUGCACCGGCCAUCACCAAAAGCUCCUGUGUGGUAGAUGUCACCUACUUCCCUUUUGACAACCAGCAGUGCAACCUGACUUUUGGUUCCUGGACCUACAAUGGCAAUCAGGUGGACAUAUUCAAUGCCCUGGACAGCGGGGAUCUCUCUGACUUCAUUGAAGAUGUGGAAUGGGAGGUCCAUGGCAUGCCCGCUGUGAAGAACGUGAUCUCCUAUGGCUGCUGCUCUGAGCCUUACCCGGAUGUCACAUUCACCCUCCUUCUGAAGAGGAGGUCCUCGUUCUAUAUCGUCAACCUCCUCAUACCAUGUGUCCUCAUAUCUUUUCUGGCUCCUUUGAGUUUUUAUCUCCCAGCAGCCUCUGGAGAAAAGGUCUCCCUGGGAGUGACCAUCCUGUUGGCCAUGACUGUAUUUCAGCUAAUGGUGGCAGAAAUUAUGCCAGCCUCAGAAAAUGUCCCUCUGAUAGGUGAGUUCAAGUGUUUUCCACUACAAGCCCAGCUUUGUAGUGCCUGGGGUCAUGCCUUUAAGGUUGUGUGUGUGCCUUUAAACUUGAAACAAUGGAGCCAAUUUCAGACUCAAUCCAGACUGUCCCAAACUCCUCUGGUGGUUACACUCAAAGCUCAGACCAAUGCUUUACCCACGCAGCCACGGGCAAACCUGGCGACGGGACUGUCCUGGAUGAACUGGAAACACAAGUUCUAG